AUGAAGUCCGAUUGCAAUUGUUUUGGCAAACAGCAAAAGUCAGGCAAAGCCCGUAGCUACGCCCUAGGACAGUACCUCCGUCAUCGUUACAACGCUCUCUUAUCAUCAUCCUAUGAGCCUUUGGAGAUCUUCGUGAGAUCCACCGAGUCUGACCGAACACAAAUGACAGCUAGAAUAGCUUUGACUGGUGCUUACUCUUCUGAAGUGCUGUGGUCUGAAGAUAUGGAACUGGUACCAGUUGAGGUGGAUGUGGUACCGGCUAAGGUUGAUCCGAAUUUGUCAUUCAUGAAUUGCCCAAAACUAACGUCCUAUUUUCUUGGAUUUCAAGCUGAGAAUAAAAAUGAAGAAAAGCAGAAUUAUGCAGAAGUGUUAAAUGUACUAUUUGAAGAGAUGGGUUUGAAUUUGCCUAAAUGCCCUCUACUGAUGUAUGCAAUGGCUGACUGUUUUGCUAGUCAGGAAAGUGUAGGAAUGCCCUUCACUGCCUUGCAACAAAAACUGGGUCCCGCUGUACGACGGGGCGCAAAGCAGGCGAUCAACUAUAUGUUCGGGAAUCCCGAAUACAUACCAUUGCAAGCUGGAGUACUUCUGAACGAAUUCUUCGACGUAGCAGACCAGAUAAUCUCCGGCGCCAACAUACCAAGAGUCAGAGUUCUAUCAGGUCAUGACUUCAACGUGUAUUCCUUCCUAGCUGCUACCAGGGCAGUUCCGAAGCAGGGUGUUCCAGGAUACUGUGCUGUCUACUCCUUGGAACUAAGGAGAUGUAGGUCUAGUGGAGAAUAUGUUGUGGUGCCAGUCUACGCCAAUAGUCCUCAUGAAGGUGAAGCAUAUUUAGAAAUAGAAGAUUGUGGUACUAUCUGCGAGUAUGAGAGGUUUAGACGCCUAACAUCUGAAUACGUGAUGACCGAAGACCAGUUGAGAGAAAAGUGGACAACCAAUCAAAGUUUAUCAAUGUUUCUCCAACUUCUCCUACUAUCUACUUCCACCGCCGGUUUCUUCACCAUCACAAACGCAGCUAAACCCAUCACCGUCUACGGAGAUGUUCUUAAAGAUGUGGAAUUCUUCACCAAGACCUUUCCUUGGAUCAUAGAUAAUAUUGGAGGAGAUCUUAUCGUUGAUUAUGCGUUGUUAGGCAGUGGAAGAUACUCCAUUCCUCAAAUGUGUGCGUUAAAGCAGUUGAGGAGGAAUACUUAUCUUCAAGCGGAGUAUUUGAAAUGUGAGGCCGAAGGUAAUAAAAACGUUUCGUGCGUUUCUGAGACCGGCAUAAACCCCCGCAUGUUGAAGAAAUGCGUUGCAGGAGGGGGUCAUCUAGCUAGAUUGGCAGCAUCAAAGUAUUCAAAGCUAAACAUAAAUUUCUCCCCUAUCAUAGGCCUUGGACCAAAAUCCACAGUUUUUGGUGUCGAAGACAAGUUUGUACUAGAAAAGAUUUGCACGAUUUUUGGAGGCAAAUUACCAUUGGGUUGUGUUAAAGCCUGUACUUGUGACGAGGGGUUUGAACAGAACAGUGAAGAGAACCUUCCAGAAUCUUCUACUAAAGGACCAGAGUCUGAAAUAGAGUCUCCUAAAGAGAAUGAGCAAAAUUCUGAAAAAGAAAAAUCAGGAUCUAACAGUACAAACUCCUCUGAAAAUGAAAUUUCAGAGCCUAUUUAGAAUCUCGAAGUUUAGACACGAACACAGGUCAUAUAUAUCUUAUGAGCACAAAUUAAUAUAGCUUAAUCUUAUCUUUGGCUGGACUUUUCACUU